AUGGCCACUGCUAUUACAACAGCCACUAUACCUAUUGCAUCUUUACCCAAUACUAAUAAUACUGCCAGUAGUAGUAAUAGCACUACUACAUUAUUGGAUACAUUAAAUACGGAAAUAAAUUCAUUAUGUUCAACUGGUAAUCAACAAUUGCUAAAUUUAAUUGAUGAUUCAAAUAAGUUCUUAUCAGAAUUAAAACAAAUAGAAUUAGAUUUAGAGCAACAACCAGAAGAAGAACAAGGUGAUGAUAUACUACCGCUGGUCCUGAAAACAGCUGACAAUUGGUAUAAUUCUUCAAUAUCAAGUUUAAAAUCUUACAAUUCUUCAAUCAACAAGAUUUCCAAGAAUGUGUUGAAUAAUCCUAAAUUUAACAUUGAUUUGGAUGAUGCUUAUACUUAUCCUUUAAAUUUAAAUAGUUUCCCCAUGAAUUCCAACANCCUAAAUUUAACAUUGAUUUAG